UAUAUUGACAUGCAUUUAUAUGAAAAUUGCAGGCCGUGGUAUUUGCCUUUUAAUAUUCACAUCGACACAUUUUAACAUUCACAUCACAUCUUCCAUCCCACGGUAUCAGAUCAUGUCAUCAAAUUUUCUAAGUCGAUUUCAAGUUUCAUGAGUCUGUCUUGGCCGAUCAAGAAAGUCGCUUUUGAUGCCCUGGCCCUGGCCCCUGGUCUGUGCUCAAUUUAAAAAAAAAAUGAAAACCAGACUUUUGUAAGUAAAGAGAACCUGCGUAAUAAUAACCUUAUGAUCAUUCUUUGCACAUUUUAGUUGAUAUUGCAUAAUAAACAAAAUCAUUAAUUUAUAUCAAUAUUUUUCGGCUUAGCCUAUCUUCAGGAUGUCAUGACGCAUGUCACAUUCUGAAGAUGUUGAUACAAUCAUUUACUAAUAAAAACUGGUACCUAUCUACGCUACAAGCAGAAAUGCCAAAACCUAAUCUAGCCUGACCUGUGAUGGCCUUGAUAACUAACUUAACUUGAGCUUACUGGACUCUGGACUCAACAGUGACAGGAUUUCUUAAGAUGGGACGCUCAUCAAAGGACAAAAGAGAUAUUUAUUACAGAUUGGCAAAGGAAGAAGGAUGGAGGGCAAGAAGUGCAUUUAAACUUCUGCAGAUUGAUGAAGAAUUUGACAUUUUCAAAGAUGUGACCAGAGUAGUGGAUUUGUGUGCUGCGCCUGGCAGCUGGAGUCAGGUCCUUUCCAGGAAACUGACGAAGGACGGCACCGCCGGCGGCGACGUCAAGAUCGUGGCCGUGGACCUGCAGGCGAUGGCGCCGCUGCCGGGCGUCAUUCAGAUCCAGGGCGACAUCACCAAGCGCUCGACGGCCGAGCAGAUUAUCUCCGAGUUCAGCGGCCAGCAGGCGCAGCUGGUGGUCUGUGACGGCGCGCCGGACGUUACCGGACUGCACGAUCUGGACGAGUACAUCCAGGCCCAGCUGCUGCUGGCGGCGCUCAACAUCACGACGCACGUGCUGGCGCCGGGCGGCACAUUCGUGGCCAAGAUCUUCCGCGGCAAGGACGUGACGCUGCUGUACUCGCAGCUGAAGGUGUUCUUCAGCCGCGUCACCGUGGCCAAGCCGCGCAGCAGCCGGAACUCCAGCAUCGAGUCGUUUGUGGUGUGCGAGGACUACCGGCCGCCGGAGGGGUACGUUCCCAACAUGACCAACCCGCUGCUGGACCACCAGUACUCGGAUCUGGACCAGCUGAGCGGCCCCAACCGGGUGCUGGUGCCGUUCCUGGCGUGCGGCGACCUCUCCGGCUACGACGCCGAUCUCACCUACCCCCUGCAGCUGAGCGAGGGCGCCGAGUACGAGUAUCGUCCCCCGAACCAGCCGCCCAUCAACCCGCCGUACCAGGACGCAGUGGAGAAGAAGCGCACAGACCAGCUGGCAAAACCUGGCGGCGACUGUCCGACCACGCCGGACGCCGCCGUCUCGCUCUCCGCCUCAGACGUGGACCGGACGGCCGCGCUCAGUCUACAGGAGCCGGCCGGCGCCGAGGGCGACGGUUGAAGGGGGAGUUGGUGGCGGGGGGGGGGGGGAGAGACGGCCCGUCCCACUGGUGGAGGGGUGUCGGGACCAGGAUCGCUGAGUUGCCUAGCCUGCAGUGGUCGUUUUUUAUUUGGGGGAUGAGGGGAUAGGUACUUUGUAACAUUUGUGUUGUUUAUCAGAUACUCGGUGCUUACACUGGUCCCGUUUGGCAAUCAGCUGUAUAUUGCGAGUAAAUACAUGCUUUGUUGUAACA